AUGACCCGUUUUCAAUGGUAUGUGGAGGCUAUCGGUAUGGUAUCAUUGCUUGUUGAAGCAAGUUUGGGUGCUCCACAAUUGAUUCGAAACUGGCAACGGAAGUCUACGCAAGGAAUGAGUGUACCUAUGGUUUUGGCGUGGCUUACUGGAGAUCUUGCCAAAACAGCAUAUUUUGUUGCUACUGGUAGC